GUAAAUUUUUGGCGCGUUCGCCCGAUCGUCGCACAUUUGAGAUCACCAUAAAACUAUUACAUUUCACGGAAUAUUCCAAUCUAGUUACCUACGGUGAAACUCCUUGCAUAAGAUCGAAUAUUUUUAAAUCAUGGCAGUAAAUGGUGUCAGUGGACACGGUUUCCACUUCCUUCGUGAAUCCCUCGAAGAGAACGACCCUGACAUUUACCAAAUUUUGAAAAAAGAGAAGCAACGACAAGUUCGCGGUCUCGAGCUCAUUGCUUCGGAAAAUUUCACCAGCACGGCUGUUAUGGAAGCUCUCGGUUCGUGUAUGACCAACAAGUAUUCUGAGGGACAAGUUGGACAGAGAUAUUACGGAGGAAAUCAGUUUGUGGAUGAAAUGGAAGCAUUGUGCAAGAAGAGAGCUCUCGAAGCCUUCCGGCUUGACCCAGAGAAGUGGGGUGUGAAUGUGCAGGCGUAUUCUGGCUCCCCAGCAAACUUUGCAGUCUAUACUGGGCUUCUUAACCCUCAUGACCGUAUCAUGGGUCUUGAUCUGCCUGAUGGAGGGCAUUUGACACAUGGCUUCAUGACGGAGAAGAAGAGGAUAUCUGCAACUUCCAUCUACUUCGAGUCAAUGCCUUACAAGACCGACCCAGCAACUGGCUUGAUAGAUUAUGAAAUGCUUGCUCAAACAGCCAGACUGUUCCGUCCCAAGCUGAUCGUUGCUGGAAUUAGUGCAUAUCCGCGCCAUCUGGACUAUGCUAAAUUCAGGCAGGUCUGUGAUGAGGUUGGUGCUUACCUCAUGGCUGACAUGGCACACAUCAGUGGUCUUGUUGCUGGUGAUGUAGUCCCAGGUCCAUUUGAGCAUGCAGAUAUUGUCACAACAACAACUCACAAGUCACUCCGAGGACCACGCUCUGGAGUUAUAUUCUAUCGCAAGGGAAUUAAAGGGUACAAGAAAAAUGGAGACCCUAUCAAAUAUGACUAUGGACCCAAAAUUGACUUUGCCUUGUUCCCUGGACUUCAGGGUGGUCCACACAACAAUCAAAUUGCCGCACUUUGCACAGCAUUCAAGCAGGCCAACACACCAGAGUUUAAGGAAUACGCCCAACAGAUUUUGGACAACUGCCAAGCACUGGCCAAGGUCUUGUUGAACCGAGGUUACACACUUGUGUCAGGCGGAUCUGAUAACCAUCUGGUUUUACUUGAUCUACGUCCACUGGCAAUUGGUGGUGCCUUGGCUGAGAAGGUUCUUGAAGAAGUUGCAAUAACAGUAAACAAAAACACCUGCCCUGGUGACAAAAGUGCUCUCCGUCCAGGUGGAUUGCGCAUUGGAGCUCCUGCUCUUACAACACGCACCAUGAAGGAAAAGGAUUUUGAACAAGUUGCAGACUUCAUCGACCGUGGAAUCAAACUGGGAUUGGAAGUGCAGAAGAUCAGUGGGCCAGAACAGAAGAAAUUUGAAGAGGUUUUAUUAGGAGACCAGUUCAAGGGCAAAGUUGAAGCAUUGAAAAAGGAAGUUGAAGAGUUUGCAGUCCAAUUUCCCAUGCCAGGACAUGAUCUUAUUUAAGAUAAUACUGCUUUGUGUAAUCAGACUUUAGGUGAAAUGACCACAUGAUGAUGAAAUAUUUAAAAUGAUAAUGUCAAGUUUUGUGCAUUUUACAGAGCAACUUUCCAGGGGCUACAAUUGGAAAUUUUAGCUUAGUUUAAUGUCUUUCAAAAGCAGACAAGGUACCAAAAAUAAUAGAAAAGAUUGCAUCAGUGAUCUACAUGAAACAACUGGCAUUAUUAAGGACUGACAUGUUGCUAAAAAAUCUUGUAAAACCUCUAGUAGACAAACCUGUUGAUUGUUUAGUUGUGUUAAUCAACCUUCCAAAAAAAGUGUUAGGGGUGAACUCCAUAUUGGUGAAGUCAGUAAUUUUUUUGAGCGUAGCAUUAAUUAUUAGGCAUUAUGUCUGCUUCUCUUUGUAGUCUGGUCUUAGUCCUUUCCCUCCGAUUCUUUAUCAUCUGCUUAGACAUGAAUUCAUUAACAAAGUAUUUUCCCUGAUGCCUUGGGUGUAAUAUCAAAGCCAUGUUAGUCUGAGGGAUAUUGGUUAUUAGAUAAGGAAUUGAAAAUGCACCAAACAACAAAUUCCCCUUUUAACUCUCCUCUUUUAAGAGGAAAAUAAGGCAGUUUUUGGUUGUUGUUGUUUUUUUUUUUUCAGGUAACCCUUAAGUACAAAGUUGUUAUUGAUCAGGCAUAAAGUAACUUUGAAGGUACUGCAUCUCGUGCAGUUCACAUUCAUUGGAUCCAGAAGCAACUACUUUGGUGAAAAAUAAAAUAACUCAUUUUCACUUCCUGUAAUGGGAGGGGGUUGGGUUUGAUCAUUCAUUUAAGUUAUGAUAGCAGUCAGUUAACACUCAAAAUAAAAUAGUUGGGUUAGAUUUGA